UUCUCAUAAUAUUUGAGAUUAAAUAUGCGUAGAUAGUUGAGUUUGAGAUCUUAUGCUCACUCAAUGUCAAUUGUGACGUGAAUGCGAAUGGGUCAAAGUGUCAGAUUAGGGUUAGAUUACAAGUCACAGUAUAGAAUUGUUUAUUAGAUUGCGAGUUGCCGUUUCAUACAUUGUUUUCUCUUUAAAAAUUGAUUGGAUUACCUUGUUAUACAAUGUUUGCCACUUAUUGCAGAACAUUAAAAACCAAUGUCAAUUUUGUAUCGAUAUUACAAAGAUUAGAAUCUACACUGGUCAUAGCUGAACACAAUAACGAAGCAGUCUCACCGAUUACUCAAAAUGCUUUAACGGCAGCGAAAAAGAUCGGUGGUGAUAUAACGGUAUUGGUUGCUGGAACAAAGUGUGGUCCUGUGUCGGAGAAGAUUAGCAAAGCCAAAGACGUGGCUAGAGUUCUCGUUGCUGAAAGCGACGCCUUCAAGGGUUUUACACCAGAAUCAUUGGCUCCGCUAAUUAUCGCUACGCAGAAACAGCAUAAUUUCAGCCAUAUUGUAGCUGGAGCUAGUGCCUUUGGGAAAGCUCUUUUACCUAGAGUAGCGGCGAGUCUUGACAUUUCUCCAGCGAGCGAUAUCAUUGGAAUUACAUCAGCCGAUACCUUUGUAAGGACAAUCUAUGCUGGAAAUGCGAUUCAGACCUUGAAGAUUAAGGAUGCAAUUAAAAUAAUUUCCAUCAGGGGCACGUCGUUUGAACCGGCAGCUCUAGAAGGUGGAAGUGCAAAGAUCGAGCAGGCUCCAGCCGGUGAUUACAAGUCGACUCUGAUUGAAUUCGUUUCGCAAGAGCUUGCCAAGUCUGACAGGCCAGAAUUGACAUCGGCUAAAGCAAUCGUGUCGGGCGGACGUGGCUUAAAAUCUGCUGAUAAUUUCAAGCUGCUUUACGAUUUAGCCGACAAGUUAAAUGCUGCUGUUGGGGCAUCUCGUGCCGCGGUCGACGCUGGUUACGUGGCAAACGAUUUGCAAAUCGGUCAGACUGGGAAGAUCGUCGCUCCUAAUCUAUACAUCGCGGUUGGAAUCUCAGGUGCCAUUCAACACUUGGCUGGAAUGAAGGAUUCCAAAACGAUCGUUGCCAUAAAUAAGGAUCCGGAUGCACCGAUCUUCCAAGUAGCCGAUUACGGAUUAGUGCAAGAUCUAUUCAAAGCCGUGCCCGAAUUGACCGGAAAAUUGUAAUUACCCCUUCCGACGAUUUAUAGUACCACGGGUCUUAUAGGAAGAUAAAUAAUCCAGAAUGUAAAUUUUCUUCGAUUGCUUCGGAGUUGACGUUCAAUAAG